CCCCCACUACUCCCUCUCAUUGACCAGUGUCCUGGGCCUUUAAGAGGUGGAUGGGCUGGAAUAAGGAGAGAGCUCAUACCUCUAUCCACCCUACUCCUUCCCUCUGGCUGUAACUCUGCCAGUCAUAGCUGCAAACUGCAGUAGAAGAGGAGAGGAAACAAGCAAGUGCAGUGCAAGAGGAGCAAAGGAGAAAAGGAGCCAGGCUGAACUUCCUCAUCAUCACAGAGCUCAGAAGGCAAGGCUCACAAACACAGGACUACGAUUCUGCUAUCCUGCCCACGGUCAGAGGGUACUGUGCUGGAAGCAACACUUGUUUCUAGUCCUCCUCCUGCUGAGUCUUCAAGAUUCACUCAAAGCUCUUUGUUCCUCCUUGCUCCUUCAGGUGACUCUGUCACCAACUGGUGGAACAGUGGGUAAUGGCAUCCCAGCUGCAAGACCGGCUGACCACUGAUGGGAACCUGCUGCUGAUGCAGGAAGGCAUGCUGAUGCGCAAGGUGAGGUCCAAAACCUGGAAGAAGCUAAGAUACUUCAGACUUCAGAACGACGGCAUGACAGUCUGGCAUGAACGGCAGGCCAGGGGCAAGGCCAAGCCCACCUUCUCAAUCUCUGAUGUGGAGACAGUACGUAAAGGCCAUGAAUCUGAGUUGCUGCGCAGCCUGGCAGAAGAGUUCCCCCUAGACCAGGGCUUCACCGUUGUCUUCCAUGGCCGCCGCUCCAACUUGGACCUGGUAGCCAAUAGUGUUAAGGAGGCCCAGAUCUGGAUGCAAGGUCUCCAGCUAUUGGUGGACCUCGUCACCAGCAUGGACCAACAGGAGCAGCUGGACCAAUGGCUGAGUGACUGGUUCCAGCGUGGAGACAGAAACCAGGAUGGUCGGAUGAGUUUCCAGGAAGCUCAGAGGUUGCUGCUUUUGAUGAAUGUGGAACUGGACCAAGAACAUGCCCUCAGUCUUUUCCAGGCAGCAGACACAUCCCAGUCUGGGACUUUACAGGGAGAAGAAUUUGUACAUUUCUAUAAAUCAUUGACUAAGCGUGGUGAAGUGCAGGAGCUGUUUGAAAGCUUUUCAUCUGAUGGGCAGAAGCUGACCUUGCUGGAAUUUGUGGAUUUCCUCCGGGAAGAGCAGAAAGAAAGAGACUGUGCCCCUCACGUCGCUUUAGAACUCAUUGACCGCUAUGAACCUUCAGACAGCGGCAAACUUCGGCAUGUGCUAAGCAUGGAUGGCUUCCUCAGCUACCUCUGCUCAAAGGAUGGAGACAUCUUCAACCCAGCCUGCCUCCCUAUUUACCAGGAUAUGACUCAACCCCUGAGCCACUACUUCAUCAACUCCUCACAUAACACCUACCUAGUGGGAGACCAGCUUUGUGGACAGAGCAGCAUCGAAGGAUAUAUACGGGUCCUGAAGCAGGGAUGCCGCUGUGUGGAGGUGGAUGUAUGGGACGGACCUAGUGGGGAACCUGUCGUUUACCACGGACACACCCUGACCUCCCGCAUCCUAUUCAAAGAUGUUGUAGCCACAGUAGCACAGUAUGCCUUCCAGGCAUCAGACUACCCAGUCAUCUUGUCCCUGGAGAACCACUGCAGCUGGGAGCAGCAACAGACUAUAGCACGCCAUCUGACUGAGAUCCUGGGGGAACAGCUGCUGAGCAUCACCUUGGAUGGGCUGCUUUCCACUCAGCUGCCCUCACCUGAGGAGCUUCGGAGGAAGAUCUUGAUUAAGGGGAAGAAAUUAAGUAUGUUUGAGGAGGAUCUUAAGGAUGAGGAGGAGGAGGAGGAGCCAGUGUUAGAGCUGAAGCGGGAGCAGGAGUCAGAAUUAGUGCUGGAGUCCCAAAAUGACACAGAGUCCAAGCCUGAGCUCCAGGAGCUGAGCCCGUGGAGGAAAGACAAAAAGGAGAAGAAAUCCAACCCCAUCGUGUGUCCAACCCUCUCUGACCUGAUUGUCUACUUGAAGAGUGUCUCAUUCCGCAGCUUCACUCAUUCAAAGGAGCACUACCACUUCUAUGAGAUAUCAUCCUUCUCUGAAUCCAAAGCCAGGGGCCUGGUCAAAGAGGCUGGCAAUGAGUUUGUGCAGCACAAUACCUGGCAAUUAAGCCGUGUGUACCCCAGUGGGCUGAGGACAGACUCUUCCAACUACAACCCCCAGGAACUCUGGAAUGCAGGCUGCCAGAUAGUGGCUAUGAAUAUGCAGACUGCAGGGCUUGAAAUGGACAUCCACGAUGGGCUCUUCCGCCAGAAUGGUGGCUGUGGCUAUGUGCUGAAGCCAGACUUCCUGCGUAAUGCUCAAAGUUCCUUCCACCCAGAGAGGCCCAUUAGCCCUUUCAAGGCCCAGGCCCUCUUAAUCCAGGUGAUCAGUGGUCAGCAACUCCCUAAAGUGAACAAGACCAAAGAGGGGUCCAUUGUGGAUCCACUCGUGAAAGUGCAGAUCUUUGGUGUCCGUCCAGACACAACCCGGCAAGAGACCAACUAUGUGCCAAACAACGGUUUUAAUCCAUACUGGGGGCAGACAUUAUGCUUCCGGGUCCUGGUGCCUGAACUUGCCAUGGUGCGCUUUGUGGUAAAGGAUUAUGACUGGACAUCCCGAAAUGACUUUAUUGGUCAAUACACCCUGCCAUGGACAUGCAUCCAACAAGGUUACCGCCACAUACAUCUGCUCUCCAGGGAUGGGACCAGCCUCCACCCAGCUUGUAUCUUUGUGUACAUUUGUAUCCGAGAAUUUCUGGAGGAGGAGGAGGAAUCCUGAGGUGCAAUCCCAUACCCAGAUCUACGACCAACCUUUCCCAUCAACUCUGGAGCGAAGGCAGAUUGCAAUGGAAAUCCAGAGAGGUACCUGGAGCAGAGAAAUCUAAAGAUGUAUUAUUCCCUCCACCCCUAACUUCCUUAAAGCCCAGAGCCAAGGGAAGAAUAAAUCAAAUUUCAAGGCUUCCUAGGAAAGUUGGGGAUUGACACCUGACCCAGAACUGUACUGACUCUCAAGAGAACACUGUGCAGUGCUCAGAGUCCCCACUGGUAUAAACAGAGCUUCUCUCUCCAAUUUGGCUCGAGUAUGGUCUGUGAUUAGGGAUGAAGGGGAGGUACAAGGGUUGAGUGGGCACUUGGGUAGUUGGGUGGGACAGAAAAAAGUUGAAGACAGAGGUUUCCAGGGAACCUCCUGCACGUGCUACAUAGGAAGGACACAAGAGCAUAGUUUUUUUUUUUUUUUUUUUGUAGAGAGAGUCUCACUUUAUGGCCCUCGGUAGAGUGCUGUGGCCUCACAGCUCACAGCAACCUCCAACUCCUGGGCUUAAGCGAUUCUCUUGCCUCAGCCUCCCGAGUAGCUGGGACUACAGGCGCCCGCCACAACGCCCGGCUAUUUUUUGGUUGCAGUUUGGCCGGGGCGGGUUUGAACCCGCCACCCUCGGUAUAUGGGGCCGGCGCCUUACCGACUGAGCCACAGGCGCCGCCCAAGAGCAUAGCUUUUAAAAAGCAUGGUAAAAGGAAGAGACACAAAGUUAUGUGGUCCCAGAGCUCCUGAAUAAUUUGCCUGGAAUCGUCCUGAUUUAUGUCCAUUGUUUAGCAUAAUUAUUAAUAAUACCCUCUUUAACUUUCCCACUGUGUCCCAGUUUAGAUAAUUAUAUAGUGAGGCACCACAGAAUUAUACUGUGAGGUACUCAUAUAAUUCUGAAUUGGAGAUUUACCUCCCUAAUCUGUUUUAACACCUUAGCACUGCUGCUACACCACACUUAGGAUUUACGUUGUUAAAGUUGUUUCCGGGAGGAGGAGCAGGAAGUAGACAAUGGGGAAAAUUUUAAAGUAGGGAGGAAGGCAGCCUCAAGGACAGAGAGAAGGCAGACUUGUGCUUGUCUCAUAAUCAAUCACUGCGUGAAGAUGGAUGGAAACAAAAGGGAAGCAGAGGUCUGAGAGGAGACAGAUCAGAUCAACAUGACAACCUGGAAAUAUAAAGACAGGGAUUUGGAUGAUUCUAUAAGCUAGUAACCAUUUUCUGUUUAACAUGCUUUACAGAGCAUCAGACGUAAUAGCACAUGCAGUUAGAUACAACUUUUGAAGAUGCUA